GAGAUUAUAAUAAAAAGAUAACAUUCAUAUAAAUAAGAUCCAGUAAAAUAUAAAAACAUGAACUUUUGCAACAAAUUGAGAUUGAGUACAGGUAUUGGCAACACACAGAAUUAAUAACUACCUUCCUCCCAUUACAUAUCUCCGCACCCAACAACCUUAAAAACUACUCACAUCUAUAAAUCAAACGCGAAUCGACGUUACGCGCGAGUAUUCGUCACGUUGCGCGUCGCCGUGCAUCUCAUCAACUUGAAAAUCCUCAAAGCAAACCGCAGCAAACAUUGAAACAAUGAGCUCAUGUUCGAGACUAAUGUAAACGCAAAUCAUGUAAUGCACUCAAUUGCACAACGAAUUAUUCAAUCAAAACGUUUGUCUGAUGUGCUUAAAUCAAGUGUGAAGUGUAAAUUGAAAAAACAAUAGAGCUGACUGUAAACAAAUCGGAUUUUUUGAAUGAAUGAGUGACAAGCUACAGGAACAAUUAGAGAGUUUAAGCCAUGAGGAGUUGCUUGAAAUCACUGAAAGCAGUCUACGGCGAUUGAUUGCUUCUGAUGCACUGUUAAAAGAUUUACCAGUUGAUGUAACUAUUGAAGAAGUGAAUGCUCAGGUAGCAGUUGUAAGAGGACAAUCCAUAACAGUAACGAUACUGAGAAGUCAUGAAGCACCAUUAAAUGUAGUCGUGGUUUGUACGAAUUGGAAACGUCUCCUAAUGGUACUCACCGGCCGUUCUAACACCACUAACGUGGUAUCAAUACCAGCAUCCUUAGCACACAAUGAAUCUUCCCACCAGCGGCUCUCUGACAUCCCUACCUCCCAACUGCCACCGAUUCUUUCCACCUACACGCUGUUCGUCAUGGUACGCCAUCCCUUCGAGCGUCUUCUCAGUGCUUACCGCAACAAAUUGGAAGAUAACCAGGCAUCCGCCAAAUAUUUCCAAUCCAUCUUCGGACGACACAUAAUCAAACACUAUCGCAAUAAUGCUACGCAAAAAGACCUAGAAACCGGCGACAAUGUCACAUUCAAAGAGUUUGUACGUUAUUUGAUCACAGAGGGCGUUGAUUCCGCAUCGGCUAAUGAACACUGGCGAUCUGUAUAUAGUCUUUGUCGGCCCUGUGAUCUCGACUACACCUUCAUUGGCAAAUAUGAUACUUUCACAGAAGACACACAAGCUGUGUUGGAUUUAAUUUCGGCGCCAAAGUUAACAUUUCCGCAUACCCGGUCGGGAAAAACCGGCGAUCGUCUUCGGACCUAUUUUCGGCAAUUGGAUUUGGAUGACAUUAAAAGUUUGUAUCUACUGUAUGAAAUGGAUUUCAAACUGUUUGGAUAUACGGCCGAAAAUAUCUUAGGAUACGAUUUUGGCUAAGCUAGCAAAAUGGCGGAUGGACAACACUACCUCACUAACGAAAUUUUACCAUGACGUCUUAAGAUAAUAAGUUGUAUUUUUUUGUACAGUGAAUAAUUUUUUACCAGAA